ACCAUCGCAAUUCACAAGCAAAGCAAUCAGAGCCAAGCACCCACCGUCCUCCUUUCUUUCCUUCGACUCAUCAAAGCAUGUCUUGCUGCGGCGGCAACUGCGCGUGCACCUCCGGCUGCAACUGCGGCAGCGGAUGCGGCGGCUGCAAGAUGUUCCCUGACGUGGAGACCGCCGGCGUCGCCAGCGUGAAGCCCACGGUCCUCGCCGCCCCCGCCACCAAGGCGAGCGCCGGCGGGUUCGAGGCGGCCGCCGAGGGCGGCGGCUGCGACUGCAACACCUGCAACUGCGGCACCAGCUGCGGCUGCUCCUGCUGCAGCUGCAACUGAGCCACCCGCGAUGACGAGACAACCACCCGGCCUCCCCCCCACCCAUCGUACUACAACUAUGUAGCGGCGUCUAAAUAAGAUCCCUCCACCGGCCACCGCCAUUGUUCCUUCCUGUCGCUGCAUGGUUGCCUGCCUCGUGCCCGGGCUAAUAUACAUAUAC